GCCAGCAGCAGCGGAUCUCUCCUGUUUCAGAGACUCUCAGAAGAUCCCACGUAACAUGAGCUGAAACCUGGAAGCUCAUUCCCUUGGCUUACUUAAUAGUUCGGAGCAUAAGUACACUGUCCAGGGCUGAUAUGGGGGCUCCUGGAUACUGGGGCCCUCAUCUCCUGCCUGUCAGGUGGCUUUCAUCUGCCCAUCGCGUCGUACUCGAGCGCCACACGCCAGCUCGGGAGAAGGGGGGACGGGGCAGCAGAGGGUACACCUCCUCCCUUCACCGCACGAUUCAGAAGCGGCACACAUCACUCGGGCUCGUGUCCUGUUGAUCGGGCUGUAUUCUAGCGGCAGAGGAGGUUGGGAAGUGUAUCCACUUGGGGAGGCCAAAUGUCCAGCUAACGUCGGGGGUUCUGCUACUCAAAGAAGAGGAGGGAUGUCGGAGGAUGACUGCCAUUUUCUGCCUCACCCCUCCCGCUGAAUUCUCAGAAAGACCCCUGGCCGUGUCACUCACUUUGGAGGCGUACCGGGGGCGAGUGCUGAGAUGCGCCCGGAGGACCCGCCGGCGUGCAGGUUGGCUGGUCCACACUCUAACGAGAAUACACAGCGGUGCCUCCGGAGUCACGUGUGCUGUGAAAUUGUCAGCCCUGACACCACACCCCAGACGUCCUGAGGGAAAUGGAUUGCCAAAUAGACGCUACUCUUAAGGGUCUUAAGAAACUGGCGAAGCUGCUGCUCUGUGGCACUGAGCUGGUGACAAAUAUCCAGGUGGCCGCGGAUAUCAGGGAGAUCCACAGGAGAGUGGAAGAAGGGGAGAUAAGGCGUCAGAGACUUGAAAAGCUGGAGAACGAAGUCAAGACCAGCCAGGACAAAUUUGAUGAAAUCACCAUGAAGUGGGAGGAGGGCAAACGGAAGAGAAUUCCCCAGGACCUGUGGGACAUGCUCAACACCCAGCAGGUGCACUGCGCUGGGUUGAUAGAAGACAAGAACAAGCUUAUCAGCGAGUUACAGCAGGAGUUAAAAACAAAAGAUGACCAGUAUGUGAAGGAUUUGAAGAAGCAGUCAGAUGACAUCUGCCUGCUCCUGGAGAGGAUGGAAGAGCAAGUGAAGAAUGUGAUGAAAACCUUCCGUCAGGAGCUCAAUUCCAUUGAGAAAGCAUUUGAGGCGGAACGACGAGAACUGCUGACCAGUAAUAAGAAGAAAUGGGAGCGGGCCCUGCAGGCUCACAACGCCAAAGAGCUGGAGUAUCUUCUGAGCCGCAUCAAGAAGGUAGAGGACUAUGAGAAGCAGCUGAACAAGCAGCGGGUGUGGGACUGCGAAGAGUACAACACGAUCAAGAUCAAGUUGGAGCAGGACGUGCAGAUUCUUGAGCAACAGCUUCAGCAGAUGAAAGCAACCUACCAGCUAAACCAAGAGAAGUUGGAGUACAACUUCCAAGUGCUGAAGAAGAGAGACGAAGAGAGUGUGAUGAUCAAAUCCCAGCAGAAGAGGAAGAUCAGUCGCCUGCAUGAUAUACUUAACAACCUGAGAUCAAAAUACACCAGGCAGAUCAGACAGUUUGAGGAGGAGAACCAGUCACUAACCUCCGACUACAUACGCCUUGUGACGCAGUUCAAGGAGCUACAGAAAGCCAUGAGGCAUUUUGCUCUUCUUGAUGACAAGCGGUUUCGAGAGAUUUGGCUGAUGAAUGAAGAAGAGGCAAAGGAUCUGAUAAGCAAAGCCUUUGAUGUGGACAGGAUCAUCCACACCCAGCAUCUGGGGCUCCCCUGGACCGCACCUGAUUUCUGGUUCCUGAGGAAUGUGGGACCUAUAUCUCAGCAGCAGCAGAGGUCUGCUACACAGAUAUUAGAAGAAGUGCUGAUUCAAACAGAAGAGGAGGGGAUGGAGGAGGCCACCUCAGAAACAGAGUCUUACCUCGACCUGCCAAAGCAAGUUUCCAUGAAAACGACCAGAAAGAUCCUGAUGCUCCUGUGUGACGAGUCGGGUUUCCUCAUAGAGAGCAAGCUGCUGAGCCUUCUCCGUCCCCUGGAGAAGAGCGAGUGCUAUCUGCUCAAGUUGGACGCCAUCUUCUCAGCCCUUGGGAUUGAAAGUGAGGACGACUUGUACAAACUGGUGAACUUCUUCCUCAAAUACCGAGUUCAUCAUUCACCCUCCAGUCAGGAGCGAACAAGCCCGGUGUCGGCCCUGGACCCAGGAGAGCAGACAGACCUCGAGAGACAGAAGGAGGAAAGCCUUGUGGGAGGGGAGCCAGAAGAGAAGGAGGUCCCCCCUUCUCCCACGCUCAUCCACCCCAACGACGUCCUCAAGAUCCUGGAGGCCUUUGUCAUGGGUCUGAGGAAGCCCAGGGACCCCCCGGCCCCAGUGAAGGUGGCGAAGUAUGUGCGAGAUACCUCGAAGGACUCUGCAUAUUGGGAGGCCCUGGCCACGGUUCUCCCUUACGCCACGCAGAACCUCUGGGACGCUCUGUACACGGCCUUGGAGAAAUACCACCUCGUCCUGACGCAGAGGGCCAAGCUGCUGAUAGAAAACAACUCCCUGGAGAAGCAGAACACAGAGCUCCAGAUGCUGCUUCAGCAGUAUCUAGAUUCCAAGAUAAACUCUGAAUUGCAUGUUCCACCAACUCAGGUGUUACGGGCGCCCACCAAAUAGAGCCAGACCUCCAAAGGCUGCUGUGUUACGGUGUAUGCGGGUGCCGGGGCUGGCACGUUUCACCCGGGGAGCUGCCUGGGGCUACUCUGGAUUUUCCAGAGCUACUGGGAUAGGGCCUGUCAAAAUAAGGCCACGGGAGGGGUUACCUGUAUCCUGUAGUCGUGAUUGAUUAAAGUCUUUAAAAGGUU